GAGUUAAGAUGAUCUGCACUGCAAUCUGCAGUGGCCUUCCGUUCUUGAGGAUUGCAAAUUUGCAAAGAUCAUCAGGUAGAGUGAAGGAGAUGACGAGGAAGACGAUGAUGGUGAUGAGUUGGAAUUGUUCUUAGGAGCUCCUGGUACUCCGACUCCAGAUGCGCGCAUGCCUCCCGCUGGUGUUGGACUCCCUGGAGCUCCCAAGAAAUAUAAAUAUAUUAAUAUAAUAUUGUUGGAAAUGGGCCGGAUCAUGUGUAUAGGCCCAAAUACUGUAGAUCACAUGUAUUGUGAAUCGGCCCAAAUGAAGAGGAAUUUUAUACUACGUCGCACGCCUACAAAAUUCUUGUACUCUCUUCGUAUGAACCGUUGGAUCAAAAAUCAAGGAUGGUGGUUGAUAACGUGGCGCCCGGAAAUUUGGAUUGGACUGUUAGGGGUAUUUUGGGGAUUUCCAGCUGUCGCUGUCGGCAGCUGCUGUCAUCGAAGAUCUUCGCCAUUACUUCUGUUUCAGAUAUUUCCAAAACCUGGGAUGGAAAACCGGACGCCAUUGGAAAUAUCGAGACGGUUUUGAUUGUAUUUCUAGCUGCGAAUUACACAUUCAAGCCAUUUUCAAUUCUAUUAACGUGGUUGUUGUGUUUUUGUUCCCAUGUGUAAGAAGCACUGACAUUGUUGUUUAAGAAUUGUCGCCAUUUGUUGUCUACUUCAGAAUUUAGAAAUAUAUAUCUAUAAUUGCAACCGUCUUUCUGUGCAUUGUGUAAUUGCAUCUGUGAAUGUAUUUCUUUCUCCCUCUCUAUCUCAUUUUCUGUGCCUGCUGGUGGCGAUUUGGGUGUGAUAGUUUAACGCCGAACUGCACGGGUUGAUCGGAAAGAUAUUGCGAUCCAAAGUUUGUCAUUCUGAUUUUUUUUUUUUCUUUUCCUGCUUUGUGAUUAAUAUUUAUUUACUGAUUAUUUAUAUAUUUGUUAGUGUGUGUGACGUGGGAUUUGAGAAGCAUUUUUUAGGUUUGGGAGCUUUGCUAAAAAUUAAAUUGUGAUAGUGGAAUAAUCUUAUAAGAGUCUAGAUAAAGUUGGAAAUCUUAGUCGAUGCAUCUGAUUUUUUUCAGGGUCUUGGAUUGGGUAACCGAACUUCAUUUUGUUGUGGAGCUGGUGUUUCAUUACAAUACUCAUAUUCUUUUGAUUUUCUUGAAGGCAGGUUUUUGUGUUUUAUCUUUCUUCCUAUGCAUGAAUGUGUAUUUGUAACUCUCCUACAUCCGUUCAUGAUUUUGAACUAUUAAUUGUGAUCCUCCAUUGGAUGGCACCCAUCAUUAAGUGUUGGUUAAUUAUACUGCAAUAUAUUGUAGUUUGUAAUUUUUAAAUUUUAUUUUCUGAUAUAAAGCCAUUGUGGUCUUUCCCUUGGUGAGUUACAUGAUUUUGAAAUUUCCAAUCUUUGUUUGUAAUGCUUUUACUUUGUGGCUCUUCAAUCCUGCCCCGCUUUGAUUCUUGAGCUUGCUUGUUCCCCCUUCUCUUUUUCACGCUUGCCUGGAUCGCUAUCUUACUAGCAGUAGUGCCAAUAGGAUCAUUUGGGGAAUAAAGAUGAAACUCUUUUGUUAACUAAAAUUUCUACAAGUGCCAAUACCAAGUGCUCUUUGCAUUGGUUGGUUUUAUGUGGCUAGACGACAAUUUUGUUUCUUGUCGUAUUGGGAAAUGUCGGUUAGCAAGUUAUCAACUCCUUUUUUAGUUUUGUUUUACCUUGUCGGAUUUGGAAAACUCCGCAGUCAUCGUGCGAAUCAGAAUUGAUUAUAUCAGAUUGCUGAUCUUGAAAUUGCAUGGAGCAUCAGAUGGCUUAUAAUCCUUAAUUUAGUUUUCCUAAUCCUCGCCACAAAUCCGCAAUCGAGUGUUUGUUGUUCUUGAUUUAUAUACCGGAUUUAAUCUUGAGUAGUUGCUGGAGUUGGUUAAGGUUGAUAGGGAAAUGCUUCCUGCUAUUGUCAUUUAUAUUGUGAGAGUCAAUCUCUUAUCUAGUAGCUAGAUACUCGCACAGGGUGGAUUUUUAACAGAGUUUACCUAUUAAGCUAACGAUUAGGUUUGGUUAACUAUUACAUUUUAUUAUUGGAUGCUACAUUUUUCAUUUGUUGGGCAGUUUUAGCGUUGAGACUGCUGCUCUGUGGAAUAAUUGGAACAGCAAGGGGAAAAGCAUCUGUGGCUCCUCUGUUUAGUUUAUGAGGGAAUGAAGAUAAAUUGUGGAAAAGCUGGAUUGGGGCUGGUCUUGUCAAGGAUCUGAACUCAUUGCUUCAACCACUCAUGCAACUUUGCUUACAUAACUUAUUGGCCUUCUGGAUUCUUUGCUCUUUCUUCGAAUAUAGGUGCACUUGUUUUGAUGAGUUUUGUUCCUUGGAGUUUCUGUAAGUGGAGCUGUUCAAGUCUAGUUCGAUUGGAUUUUUGGCUGUCUGAUUUGGUCACCGAAAUCUGGCACAAUAGAUACUAUUUUGAGGUGUUCCUGUUCGAAGGCGACUAGAUUCAGCGUGUGAAUAGAUAACUGCAAACACGUUAGCUGAAGAUAAUCAGAUUGGAAACAGCAUCAUGGGUGGUGAGUCACACUUGGAACCUUCUCAUGAAGAUCUCGUUCCAGCCGAAGAAUCUGUGUGCGUGGACAAAAUUACUGGCACUGAAAAACAAGAUAAAGGAUGCAUGAAAUUCGGGUGCUCUCAUUACCGUCGGAGAUGCCGAAUCAGAGCUCCUUGUUGCAAUGAAAUAUUUGAUUGUCGUCACUGUCAUAAUGAGGCAAAGAACCAUAUACGGAUUGAUCAAAAGCUCAGGCAUGAUAUCCCUCGCCAUCUGAUUGAGAAGGUUAUAUGCUCACUCUGUGGCACUGAACAAAAGGUUCAACAAAUCUGCAUUAAUUGUGGUGUAUGCAUGGGGAAAUACUACUGUGAAAUCUGCAAGUUUUUUGACGAUGACAUAUCUAAGGAGCAGUAUCAUUGUGAUGGCUGUGGCAUCUGUAGAACUGGAGGCUCUGAGAAUUUCUUCCACUGUGAUAAAUGUGGAUGCUGCUAUUCCGUGCAUUUCAAAAGUAGCCAUCCGUGCGUGGAGAAGGCAAUGCACCAGGACUGUCCCGUCUGUUUUGAGUAUCUAUUUGAUUCGACAAAUAAUGUCGUAUGUAUGCUGUGUGGUCAUACCAUUCACAAGACGUGCAUGGAAGAGAUGCAGAAGCACAACAGGUAUUCUUGCCCCAUCUGCUUCAAGUCAUUUUGUGACAUGUCCAAGCACUGGGAGAAGUUCGACUUAGAGAUUGCCGAGACGCCCAUGCCAUCAUGUUAUGAAGACAAGAUGGUUUGGAUUCUCUGCAAUGACUGUGAAUUCAAUGCAGAAGUGAAAUAUCAUAUCUUAGGCCAGAAGUGCCCCAACUGCAAGUCUUACAACACUCGACAAACAAGGGGCAUCGGCAGAUAGGCGCGCACAAACAGCUCAACAUCAUCUCAUAUUCACCAAAAGCAACUUCUGUGAAGUGCAAGAACCACAUUUGAGGUCAUGUUAUACAUUAUACCUAAGCUGCAAUGUGCUUCUUCUGCUCUGACCUUUAUUAUUGAUAAAAUCAAGAGUUGUCUUAGUCUGUAUCUCCCCUUUCUUCAUCUUCUUCUCAUUGUCAACAUUAUUGAAAUUAUGCAUGUAAGACUUCAAAUAUUUAGCAAGAUAUAUGAUAAAAGGUGGGGAAGCCACUUUAAAGGGCUACUACCCUUUUCUUUAA